AAUACAUUCUAGGUUUUAUGCAGGUGACUUGGUUGCCGGAAGUGGUGUCUGGAUUGCGGCACAGGUGCUUUACCCCGAGAUCCACAGCAGCACAGCCUGCAAAGAUGCCAAGUCCAAGAGUCACCAGAGCAGCCAACACCAGCAAUCCUAAUGUCAGCGGAAGGUUUGAGUUUAUGUCUCUACUGACUAACAAGACCAGUGUUUCAGAUCAAACAUUAACAAGGCAUCGGACAUCAGACAGUCCUGUUCACCGCAAAGACUCCAACUCCUCUUCUUCUCAGCAGCAGCUUCCAGAAGAAGACUGCAUGAAAUUAAACCCAUCUGUUCUUGGAAUUGCGCUAAGGUCAUUAUUGGCUGUAGAUUUAUGGUUGUCCAAAAAGAUGGGAGUUUGUGCAAGAGACGGAUCUUCAUGGGGCAGUGCACGUCCUAUGAUGAAGUUGGUGGAGAUUUCUGGUCAUGGUAUACCUUGGAUUGCUGGUACUAUAUAUUGCUUGUACAGAAGUGACAGCUCAGCUGGCCGGGAGGUCAUACUGAAUCUGCUCUUCGCUCUUCUUUUGGAUAUCAUUCUUGUGGGAAUUGUGAAGGGAAUAGUGAAGCGUCGUAGACCUACCCAGAAUCGCAUGGACAUGUUUGCUACAUUCUCUGUGGACAAGUAUUCCUUCCCAUCAGGUCAUGCUACACGGGCUGCAAUGGUUUCUCGUUUUAUGCUUAAUCACCUUGUACUAGCUGUUCCAGUUAGGAUCCUUGUGAUGCUUUGGGCUAUAGUGGUUAGUUUGUCCAGAGUCAUGCUGGGUAGACACAAUGUAACAGAUGUGUUAUUUGGCUUCUUCAUGGGGCACAUGCAGUAUAGUUUGGUUGAAUACUUCUGGUUAUCCCCAAAUACUUUACCUGCCCUGUUUAAGAUUUAAAGUAUUGACAGAAAGUCAUCAUUUUGUCUUGUUAUUUAAAAUGGAUAUGAUUAGAUUUCCCAUAUCUUGGAGCUUUUUAUACAUGGACCUCCGACUAUAACUUCGAGGGGUCAAGCUAACAUUCAGAACCAAAGUAAAAUAUUGACACAAGCUGUUAUAGGAACAGAUUAGUAGACCGUGCUGUAAAAAUCAUUGCACUUCAAUCCAACAGUACGUCUUCUGCCAUGUUGGGCCUAAUAGAGAAAAAGAAAAUCCUGGGGCUUUGUUCUACAUUUUCUUCAGAUGUUGUAUUUGGGAACAUUUUAUAUGCUGUGAAAAUCAUUGUGUUUUGAAAUGUUGAGAUUUUUUUAAUAUACAGUUUAAUAUACAUUUUUAGUUACUAUAUUAAUUCUGGAAACACAUUGCUUUAUGUUCUUUGGAUUAAUAGAACUUUUGUGAGAUUUUCAUUACACAGUGCUGUUUUAUUUUUUAAAUAUCUUACACUCAGUCUUCUUCAAAGGUCUCCAUUGAUGAACUUCUCUUUGGAGGGUACAUUUUUGGGUAAACCUAAUUCUUUUGCCAUGCAAAAAAAUACUAUGUUUAGGUUACCUCUUCUGUCUCUAGUUGAAAACUAAUGGGGCCAUUUUACAAUGAUACUGCUUUACACCAGCAUUUCUUGUGCCAUGUUUUUGCCAUUCAGCCAGUUGACCUUAACAAUAAUGUGCAUGGUAUGUUACUCUUCUAGGAAGCGCUGCAUAAAGACCAUUGGGGCUAGCUACUAAUAUGCAUUUUUCUGUAACUAAUGGCAAUCUAUUAAGUCAGAUCUGGGUAGGGAAAGUUAAAGUGGCCAUAGAAGGAAACAAAAGCGGCACUACACGCUGGACAAGCAUGUGUAUAUGUGAAAGAGCAUUUUAUUUCGAAGAUGUUUUUCUGCAGUGAGAAUGUUCAGUAUGACCAUUUUCCCCUUCACCUUAUGACAACACCCCUGGAAAGACCACAUCCUUCUACAGGAAUCGGGAACCAAAAUCACUGAAAGAAGGGAACAUCCUCCCCAGUUCUGUUUCCUGUCCGAAGGAGAAAACUGUGAAGACCCUAUGUAUAAGUAUAGGUAUGAACUCCCCAACUAUGUCUCCCCCAAGUAUCGAGAAAAAUUUUGAUUUUCUCCAAAAAGGUUUGGAUAUCGGUCUCAGGCCUAGUAUGCUAAAGGUCCAGAUCUCUGCUUUGGGUGCUUGCUAUGAUAUAGAUUUAGCCAACCAUAGAUGGAUAAGAAAAUGUAAAAGGGCCGCUUCUAGACUAAGACACUCUAUAACCCCAAGGGGUCCCUAGUGGGAUUUAAACCUGGUCUUGAAAGUGCUAAUGAAACCACUAUUUUCUACUUUACUGGACAUUUCAAUUAAAUACCUUUCUUUCAAAACAGCAUUUUUGAUAGCCAUAGCCUCAGCUAGACUCCUGGGAGAAAUUCAGGCUUUGUCCCACCUAGAAUCCUAUCUCGAUUUUUCCGGACAGAAAUGUUUUGAAGCUAGAUCCGGGGUUCCUUCCAAAAGUCGUCACAAACUUUCAUAGAGAUCAGGAAAUCAUCCUACCUUCUUUUUCUACAGACACAGGAAGUUAAUCUGAAGAACAAUUUGAGCUCUUGGAUGUAAGGGAGACAAUUAUUCAGUACCUGGCAGCUACAAAAUAAUUCAGGAAGGAUGACAACCUCCUUAUUCAAUUCGCAGGUCAAAACAAAGGGGAAAAAAAAGCUUCCAAGGCCUCUUUAGGUCGUUGGAUUAAAUCCACAAUAUCCUGCUGCUACCAAAUGUCUUACUAGCCCCACAAAUGUUAGAGCCCAUUCCACGAGUGCAGUGGCUUCUUCAUAGACGGAAAGAGCUGGCAUUUAACCUGGUCGAGUAUAAAUACACUUAACUUUGAAUCUGCGAAAAUGCUUGUACAUGCCCUCAUCAUCUCCCGCCUAGACUACUGCAACACUCUCCUCUGUGGCCUUCCAUCUAGCACUCUCGCACCCCUCCAAUCUAUUCUCAA